CCGUAGUUCGCAAGAUGGCGGCGGUCGGGGACGUGCCCGUCCGGGUCUGUAACCAGGAAAUUGUCAAAUUUGACUUGGAGAUUAAAGCGGCGGUGCAGGAUAUCAGGGAUUGUCAAGGACCCUUAAAUGUGCUUACAGAACUGAAUGCCAAAGUAAAAGAAAAGUUUCAAUAUUUACGUCUCAGAAUACAGGAGCUUGAGCAGAUGGCCAAGGAACAAGAUAAAGAAUCAGAGAAACAAGCUUUACUCCAAGAAGUAGAGAACCAUAAAAAACAAAUGCUCAGCAAUCAGACAGCUUGGAGAAAGGCAAAUCUAGCUUGCAAAAUGGCUAUAGACAACUCUGAGAAAGAUGAACUGCUGCAAGGAGGAGACCCAUUACGACAAAGAAAAACCACAAAGGAAAGUCUGGCAGAGAAUGCGAGUAAAAUUACAGAGAGCCUGAUGGGCAUUAGCAGGAUGAUGUCUCAGCAGGUCAAGCAGAGUGAGGAGACCAUGCAAACUCUGGCCAAUUCUUCACGAACCAUCCUGGAUGCGAAUGACGAAUUUAAGUCCAUGUCGGGGACAAUACAGUUGGGACGAAAGCUCAUUACAAAAUAUAACCGCAGGGAACUGACAGAUAAGCUACUCAUUUUUCUCGCUCUGGCCUUAUUUUUGGCCACUGUGCUCUACAUCCUGAAAAAGAGACUUUUUCCAUUUUUGUAAAAUUCCAAAGUAUGUCGACUACCAAAUAUGAAAGACCAGAAAAGAAGAUGGGGUAAUUAUAAUGAGGUUCAGCGUAACUGGGAUCUAAUGCUGUUCUAGCUGAAAGAGGGUUAAAGCAGACCCGUCUUUAUAUUGUAUAAAUGGAGUACAAUAUCUGGCUAAGCAAACAUGCUUGCACAGGUAGGUGCAGGAGCAGAAAGAAUGAGGUGGACAGAAGUAACAUGCAUUUUUCUGCUGUGUUAGGGAAACAGACAAGCACUUGGUGAUCCAGACACUCCCAGACAGAUGCCAGUCUUAAUCUUCAACCCCUCUCCCAUCUCAGCAUGAAAUAACCUGUUACCUAACAACCUGAUCAAAGGGUGACUUAUGAGCUAUAUGUAAGGUGUUGAGAAUUAAGCUGAGGAUUGUGAGGAGAGAAAAGAAGACGGAAGCAAAUAAACAAAAACUCAAACUUAGAUACAUUCCUUUAAUAAACUAUUUAUUGUAUGUGUA